AUGUUCCUACGAAACCUACCGCGUACAAACCUGUUUAUGAGGCGCCUUCGCGACAGCCUGACCCUCGACCGGACCCGAGUCAACGGCCAGCUUCUCUUCAGCCUGACGAUAACAGAGACUACAGACAAACCAGUGGUCUAUCUGGUCCGACUCAAUACGAUGGAGACUACGCGAGCCAACCGAGUGGUGACAAGGAUGACUACAGAUACCAAGGAGACUACGAAGGACAGCGAAAUGACGAUCAUGACUACAGAAAUGGACCACACCCUGGGGGAGACUACAGCGAAAACGAUGCUGAAGCUCAUGGACACAGCGGUACACAUGACCUUCAACCGGCGGAGUCACGUCAUCUUCCAGCCUACCAGCCGUACUACUCAAACUACGAACGUCAACAGGGAAGGCAGAAUGUACGCCCCCAGAGAGGAUAUUCAGCACUCUCACAGCUUGGAGCAGGCAGGAAGAGCGGGCGAUGUCGUCCACGAACAGUAUGACAUUUACGGACGACCGAGGCAAAGCAGCCAAGGAAGAAGGCCACAGGUGACCGAAGACUAUCAGGAUUAUGACUACGAAGAUGAUUAUGAUCGUAACAGCCAAGAUGGAAUAGGAUAUCCUUCUUACGAUGAAUACGAAGAGGACUAUCCAUCAUCUCCUACUAUAAACACUUCAAGAAGGCGUCACCCUCAAGAACAAGACGGCUUGCGACACAACGGUCGCCCUGGCAACGGUCGCCAUGGCAACGAUCACCAUGGCAACCCGCGCAGGAAUGGGCACCGGAAUGUUGAUCCGACCAACGACGAUUACGAUUACGAUUUCUUCAAUGACUACCAAGACGACAAAAGCGAUAGUUUUGCUGACGAAACCAAUUCCGAAAAGAACAAACAGUUGGGCGGAAAUUCUCUGGCUUCUAAAGCUCCUGAAACUCCAACAGGUCCUCAGAAGUUUACUCCUGGCGUGAUUCAGAAUGGUUUUAUUCCGAUCACCAAAACUCCACACCGAAUUAACAAACGUUCUCUCUUCCACCCCACACCCAAAGAAGAUCUGUCGGAUGUGGUUUUACUAGCCGAGGACCAGUCAGAUGGUGAGGUUCAGAGGCUAGCUGAAAAUAACGCCCAGCAUUCUUACUCCCGCAUUAGCGAUGAAGAUUUCUCGACCAACAUUGAGGAUGCUUUUCUACGUUCGGUGACUUCUGGUGACCUGGUAGCCUCAGUUGGGCCUGCGACCUCUGAAGGUUCAGUGACCUCUGAUGAGGCUAGGACCUCUGAAAAGCCAGUGACCUCUGGUGACCCGGUGACCUCAGAUGACCUUCAACCUGCUGAGUCACGCCAUCUUCCAGCCUACCAGCCGUAUUACUCAAACUACGAACGUCAACAGGGCAGGCAGAAUGUCGAGAGGGAGCAGGAUCCUUACGAAAGGUACCUACCACGAGAAGACGACAAUGAUCCCUAUUUCAGGUGA